AUGGAAAAUCAUUUCGAUUCCCCCGGUGCACGCCAACGGGAGGCUCACCGAACGACAAGGGCAGGUUCACCGAACGACGACAACAAUGUGACUGUCCCAGAGGCGGCACCGGUGGCCGGUCAUGCUUUUCGUCCCUCGGGCAGACGCCGGACGGGCAAAGAGGAGUCGCAUGGCCAUGCUAGGCUCGAGCGUGACCGCGGUCGGAAGGAUUCCCCGUACGUCUGCGGGAGACAACGAUAUAAGAGUUCCACGGCCUGCGCACGUCAAAGUUUGGUUGGGAAGGGUUGGGAAGGGUUGGUCGGUUAA